AUGCAGAUGAAUUUUGCAGCAGAUAAGAUUCCGACCCAUAAGGCAUGGCCCACAAUUGGCCGCUAUCUCCGCAAGUCGACUCUCCGGGCCUUGUCGCACUGUACCGCCGGGUCGGAGUUAGAGGAGCAAAUGAUAGCAGGUAACAUUUUCUCCGCUGAUGAUGAGACAGAGGAGGCGGGGUACAUGAUGUCAAAGGCGAUAAUUGACCAUUCUGGCCACUAUGAUGCUAUUAUCAAGAGCAUAGCACAGAUAUCGAUUCCGGAUAGCGAAGAGGAUCGAGAAUAG